UGCUGGCUGCAGUCAGUCACCUCCCUCAGUCCACAGCAGACACACAAUGCUGCAAUGCUUAUCAUCGCGGCUGUACAGGAGAUUUCGCAACUUUUGAUCUACUAGGGCAACACGGGAAAGCCCUUCCCAGAGAGACCUACUUAUAAAAUGGCCCAGGAGAACUACAGCUGUCAUUAUAAUGAGUCCAUGGGCUUUUUCUACAACAAAAGUACCCCGGAUAAUUGGGAGAACACUCAGCUCAUCCUGGUCCAGGUGGUGGGCUCCUUCUUCUGUGGCUUCAUCCUGUUUUCCAACGCUAUGGUCAUAGCUGCAGUCAUCACCAAUAAGAGGUUUCAUUAUCCUUUCUAUUAUCUUCUUGCCAACCUUGCUGCCUCGGACUUCCUCGCAGGUAUAGCCUAUGUGUACCUCAUGUUUAACACCGGGCCAGUGUCGCAGAAACUUUCAGUGAGAGGAUACUUCAUCCGACAAGGUCUUUUGGAUAUCAGUCUCUCAGCCUCACUGGCAAAUUUACUUGUUAUCGCUCUGGAGCGCUACAUUUCUGUCAUGAACUGGAAAGUACACAGCAACCUGACAAAGAGGAGGGUGACCCUGCUGAUUAUUCUGGUGUGGGCCCUUUCAAUCCUCAUGGGGGCCGUGCCGAGCCUGGGAUGGAACUGUAUCUGUGACCUGGCCAGCUGCUCUCAGCUCGCUCCAAUUUUUAGCAGAAGCUAUUUGGUCUUUUGGUCCGUCUCUAACCUGGUGGUGUUCCUGGUCAUGGUCGUGAUCUACAUAAGGAUAUACACUUAUGUCAAGAAGAAGACGGCAGUGCUUACGCCACAUACCCGCAGCUCCCUCAACCGUAAGAGGACUCCAAUCAAGCUCAUCAAGACCGUCAUGGCUGUCCUCGGGGCCUUUGUAAUCUGCUGGACUCCCGGCCUCCUCGUCUUGCUUAUGGAUGGUCUCAACUGUCAGCGCUGUAACGUUGUGAAACUAAAACGCUGGCUGCUGCUUCUGGCUGUUCUCAACUCCGUCAUGAACCCUUGCAUCUACUCCUACAAGGAUGAGGAUAUGUGGAUAACUUUCAAGAACCUCAUACGCUGCAUUGGCAACGGUACCCGUCGGCAGCGGUCAACGCGGGCCAACGCCAGGCCUCUGAAUUCUGGUCAGGACACGGGCAACAGUCAGCAGCACUCUGAAGAGAUGAAAAGUGAUGACAGCAAAACGCUCAAGACAUGAAGUGGGAUCUUGUGAUGAUUUCUGUGACAUAAAUGUCCAGGAAGGAAUGGAGUAUUUUAUGUCUUGAAGGAGAAUUCGUAAAGCUACAGGCUUCUUCUGCAGUCUGCGAUGAGUUGUGCUUGUCCUCACGUUAAAGGGUUUUCCUUGAAUGCACGCGUCAAGUCAACUGCUUCAUUGUGGAGCUGGUUUCGCAGUUGCAUCAGUUUAAAAGACCUUUCAUGCACUAUGAAUUCCCUGAUGGAUACAGAGAUGUGUUGUUUUGUACUUGAUUUUAUUUUUUGGGAACACGACUCUUAUGCUUGUGUAAUGGGAGAUUCCUGUUCCAGUUUUAUCCUGAUUCUUUUUUUUUUUUUACUUUAAAUCUUGCCCAUCCUAACGUGUGUACAUUUUUUGAUAGUAAUGUGCUGUGUAGCAAGGCAAAAAUGUGUCUUUAUGAGCUACACACCCAUGUAUUAACACUUUUACUCCUGGAAGGGUAAAAAGCACAUCAGGUGUGACUUAACAUUUAUCAAAACAUAUUUUUUCAUACAUGUCUUUACUGUAUACUUACUGCCUUUGUAGCUUUUGAAGACAAACUGCAGUUGAGGAUCUAGUAGACGUUUCAGUGCAUAAUUUUAAGAUUAGUCUGUGUAAAAUACUGUAAACUGCUGUAGUGUAAGCAUCUACUUGAAGAUCGCAUGAGUAAUCGCAUUGAGUUCACCAUUAUUUCGAUUUAAAUAUUCCUCUCUUC